AUGGUCUUUCUUUCUCGCGCUGUAUCUAGCAAUCAACCUCAAAAUGAUCAAACAGAUCAUGAUGAUGCUACUGAAACUACAAUCUAUGGUACUCGCUGGGCAUCAAGAGAUAUACCAAGAUAUGAAAUGCCAGAUGAGGAAAUGCCAGCCAAUGUCGCUUAUCGUAUGAUCAAGGAUGAGAUUGAACUGGACGGAACUCCUGCCUUGAAUCUUGCUAGUUUUGUAACCACCUUCAUGGAGGAUGAAGCUGAGCAAUUGAUGAAGGAAAACUUGUCCAAGAACUUUAUUGACUUUGAAGAGUAUCCUCAAACUGCUGAGAUUAGUAAUCGCUGUGUCAAUAUCAUUGCUCGUCUCUUUCAUGCUCCUAUGGAUAAACCUGAGGCUGAGGCUCUAGGCUGUUCAACGGUAGGCUCUUCUGAGGCUAUCAUCCUGGCAACAUUGGCAAUGAAGCGUAGAUGGCAAACUGCUAGAAAGGAGAAAGGAUUGCCCUACGAUAAGCCAAACAUGAUUAUGGGUGCCAAUUGUCAAGUGGCAUGGCACAAGGCAAUGAGAUAUCUGGAAGUUGAAUCUCGCGAAGUUCCUUGUACUGAAGACUUGCUUUACAUGGACCCCAAGAAGGCUGUUGACUGGGCUGAUGAGAAUACUAUUGGUAUUUGUGCCAUUUUAGGCUCUACUUACACUGGCCAUUAUGAAGAUGUCAAAACAUUGGAUUCAUUAUUGGAAGCCAAAUGCAAAGAAAAGGGCUGGGACAUUGGUAUUCAUGUUGACGCUGCCAGUGGUGGUUUUGUUGCCCCAUUCGUGUAUCCUGAGCUUGUUUGGGAUUUCCGACUUGAGCGAGUUUAUUCCAUCAAUGUCUCUGGCCACAAGUAUGGCCUCACUUAUCCUGGUAUAGGCUGGGCUUUGUGGAGAAGCAAAAAGUACUUGCCUGAGGAUUUGAUCUUCAACAUCAAUUAUCUCGGUUCAGAUCAGGCAUCAUUCACCUUCAACUUUAGUAAAGGCGCUUCCAACAUCAUUGCACAGUAUUAUGUUCUUAUUCGACUUGGUAAAGUUGGAUUCACCCACAUCAUGAAGAACCUUGUUAGUACUGCUGACUACUUGGCCGACAAGUUGGAAAACACUGGCAAAUUUGUCAUUCUGAGCGAAAGAGGCGGUAAAGGUGUUCCUCUUGUCGCUUUCCGUCUCAAGGAGAAAAAGCUGUACGACGAGUUUGAUGUCUCUGCUAAAUUACGUGAACGUGGAUGGAUUGUACCAGCUUACACGAUGGCUCAUGCAAUGGAGCAUUUGAAGCUUCUGAGAGUAGUUGUUCGUGAAGAUUUCUCUCGUAAUCGCUCGGAAAUCCUUAUUCGUGAUAUAAAUUCUACCAUUGCUGCAUUGAACCUUUGGGAUGAAAAGGAGGCAGAGAAUCAUCGUAAAUUCCGUAACAGAAGUGCUAGACAUAACCACAGAUCGAGCUUCAGUCUCGUUCAUGGCAAAGUUCAGCCCAACGAUAAAGAUAGCAAGAGCCACAAAAAGCACGAUGCUCCCGGUGUAUGCUAA